AUGUGUGCUCUAACCAAAGAAGAAUAUACCAAAGUACACAACUUCAGGAGCGCCAAACAAAUGUGGGAUACACUAGCCAUAACCUAUGAGGGAUCUCUAGAGCUAAAACGCAACAAGUUAAGCUUGUUGGUAUGUAAGUAUGAACUCUUCGAGAUGGAAGAAAACAAAUCUAUCCAAACUAUGUUUGGAAGAUUUCAAACUAUUGUUAAUGAGCUCUCUUUUCUAGGUAAGACUUAUAAUUUUGAUCAUAUUGACAAAUUACUUCGUAGUCUACCUAGGAAAUGGAGACCUCAAGUCACAACUCUGAGAGCAUCCAAGGAUCUUGAAAAGCUCUCACUGGAAGAACUGGUUGGACUACUCAAAGUCCAUGAGAUGGAGCUACAAUAA